UGCACCCGUUUGUCGAGAUGAGACAUGCGGAGAAGUCUCGAGGAGUGCAGACUGUGCUGCAUACGAACGUGGAAACAACAACUAACAGCCUCAUCAACAGUGACUCGAUCCCACAAGCUCAACGACCGCGACCACGCAGGCCUCGCCGAUGGCACCGCCAGCGCCGAGGAGCAUCUCCCCCGCUACUUCGCCAAGGCAGGCCACGUCGACGCCGACCCGAAGAAGACCAAGAAGAAUGGUGGUGGUAGAGGAAACUGGGGCAUCGACGGCGAAGAAAUCCAAGACGAAGGCUUCAAUGUCACCAACGCACGCCGCCGCUCCAACAGCUCCUCCUACGCCGCCGGACUGAAGGAUUUCAAGACCAAAUUCGAGCUGUUCGACCCCGACCCAGUGUUCGAGGAGAAUAUCCACGGGGCGCGCCCGGAGGAUCAUAUGGAGGCUGCGAGCCGCGUUACCACUACCGAGAGCUCGGAGGGUGGGGGGAGUGUGGAUGAGGAGGAGAAGAAGAACGAGGUUUAGGUGGGAAGAGGUGGCUGCUGGUCCCCGCGUGGGUGUGAGAGGCACGCUGCGUUUCUGCUGGUCGGACGGGAUGGAUCUAUCUGCUGGUGGACGGGGGGACGACUUGGGGCCUGAUUUUGCUCGUUUGAGUGAUGGACAGAGAGAGAGGGUGGAUGGGAUAGGAAUUGUAACACUAGAACCACGUUGAUGAUAGCUCUCAAAGCAAGUGGAAUUGCUCAGUAACAUCCCUCUCACCACACUUUGAACAUGCGUGCCGCGGAUAUACAGAGAACAGUAGGCUCGAGUGACAGGUCGUUGUAACGAUAUGAAAUGGUGUACCCCCUCACCUGCUCGCCAUCUCCCAUCCACAACGGCCCGGUGCUAUUGUGUUCCAAACAACCCCCCUUCUCGGCUUACCCCGCAUCCAAUCCAGAGCCUGGAUGUUGCACCACCACGUACUCUUUUCUUGUCCACAGGUCCUACCAUACUAUAGCGUACUGUAUCAUAAUAUACACUCAGAUUCCCGCACCGACUGACCAACGUCGUCCGUCAAAGACCCCACGCACUCCUCGGUCGGCUUAGGCUAUCCCACCAUUCGGGGAUUGCGGAAGUGGGGCCAUAUGCCCCCCCACUAUAUAUAUAUGCUCCCCAUCUAAUUCCAACAACAACACAACCUCGCA